AGCGCGGUGAGUUUGAAACUGCUCGCACUUAGCUUCAGAGCUGGACCUGGGAAGUUAAGGACAAAGUGACGCCGCCGUGGUAGCCGCCGCCGCUUUCGCCGCGGGGUCGCUUGCCGGCAUCUGCCAUAACUAUUAAUUGACUAUGGAUGACUAUAUCAAAAUAGAGAAAAUUGGAGAAGGUACCUAUGGAGUUGUGUAUAAGGGUAGACACAAAACUACAGGUCAAAUAGUAGCCAUGAAGAAAAUCAGACUAGAAAGUGAAGAGGAAGGGGUUCCUAGUACGGCAAUUCGGGAAAUUUCUCUAUUAAAAGAACUUCGUCAUCCAAAUAUAGUCAGUCUUCAAGAUGUGCUCAUGCAAGAUUCCAGGUUAUAUCUCAUCUUUGAAUAUCUUUCCAUGGAUCUAAAGAAAUACUUGGAUUCUAUCCCUCCUGGUCAGUACAUGGACUCUGCACUUGUUAAGAGUUAUUUGUACCAAAUCCUACAAGGGAUUGUGUUUUGUCACUCUAGAAGAGUUCUACACAGAGAUUUAAAACCUCAAAAUCUAUUGAUUGAUGACAAAGGAACAAUUAAACUGGCUGAUUUUGGCCUUGCCAGAGCUUUUGGAAUACCUAUUAGAGUAUAUACACAUGAGGUGGUUACACUUUGGUAUAGAUCUCCAGAAGUGUUGCUGGGGUCAGCUCGCUAUUCGACUCCAGUUGACAUUUGGAGUAUAGGCACCAUAUUUGCAGAAUUAGCAACUAAGAAACCACUCUUCCAUGGGGAUUCGGAAAUUGACCAACUCUUCAGAAUUUUCAGAGCUUUGGGUACCCCCAACAAUGAUGUGUGGCCAGAAGUGGAGUCUUUACAGGACUAUAAGAAUACAUUCCCCAAGUGGAAACCAGGAAGCCUGUCAUCCCAUGUCAAAAACUUGGAUGACGAUGGCUUGGAUCUUCUCUCGAAAAUGUUAGUAUAUGAUCCUGCCAAACGAAUUUCUGGCAAAAUGGCACUGAUUCAUCCAUAUUUUAGUGAUUUGGACAAUCAGAUUAAGAAGAUGUAGCUUUCUGACAAGAGUUUCCACAUGUUGUAUCAAGAACAGAUAGUUAUAUUUUUACUGUCAACUCUAUUUUUGUCUUGUGUAUUUUUGUCUUUGUUGUUGUAAAACUUAAGCUAUACUUCAUCUUCUAACUUCAAAGUUGUAACUUAAAAAUGUAAAUAUUAUUCUAUAUGAAUUUAAAUAUAAUUCUGUAUAUGUUUGCAGAUCUCACUGUAACAGCUAUUUCUUACUAUAAUAAAACUUCUGUAUAAAUCUAAUAUUGGUGUCAGGAAUUGGGAAAAAUUUGAGAUAGCUUAAAUCAUUAAACCUUAUAUCAGUCCGGCUUUCCUGUAAUUGGAACUGCUACAGUUUAGCAAAGUGUACCAAUUAAGUUCAGACUUCCUAAUGCUUUCAAGUAUUUGUAUGUUCUAGGUGUUUAAAUUUUCUUGUUAGUUUCUUGCCAUGUGUUAACUGUACAACUUGCCUAAAGAUGAAUGUUUUUCUACUGGUAUUUCAAUUUGUGAUCUAAAGAUUUAAGCAUUCAGAAUGAGAAAACUGCCCAGAUUUGAGGAAUAAUGCUAAAUUUAUAGAGGUUUUCGGUAACUUAAAAUACUAGCAUUAGAGUAUGCCAAAGUUUACUAGGUUUUACAGCUAAAGAUCAAGGACUGACCACAGUAGAAAAGAACAAUUUAGAGAAUUUAUGAACUAUCCUGUUUUUAGGUAGGUUAUGGAAGAUAUUUGUCCAAGUGAAUUCUUAUUAUGCCUUGGUCAGGGUAUUAACUAUGCGAAGGAGUUGCUUAUCGUUGCUUUCAAUUCUGACUUAAACACUAUGUCAACAUUUGCAAAUAAAGUUUUUAUUAGUAGCCUUA